AUGUCCCUUCCUUGCAAGACUAUUCUGGCGUCGACCAUCGCUAAGCCCUUCACCGAGGAGGUGGAAAACGGAGUGUCUCAGCUGGGCCGAAAGCCCAGGCUGGUAGGAUUUCUGGCCAACAAUGAUCCCGCCGCCAAGAUGUACGCAGAUUGGACCGGCAAGACAUCCGAGAGCCUGGGCUUUGAGUACGACUUGCGGGUGCUGGACAAGGAGGAUCUGGAGGAGGCCAUUGUGACUGCCAACAAUGACGAUGAGGUCGACGGUAUGAUGGUGUACUUUCCCGUAUUUGGACCCGGCCAGGAUUCGUACAUUCAGCAGCUCAUGUCGCCCGACAAGGAUGUGGAGGGUCUGUCCCACAUCUUCAUCAAGAACCUGUACCACAAUGUGCGGUUUUUGGAUGCUCCUGAGGACCGGCAGAAGUCCAUUCUGCCAUGUACUCCUCUGGCAAUUGUCAAGAUUCUCGAGCACCUGGGUGUCUACAACGCUGUUCUUCCCUACGGAAACAGGCUGUACGGCAAGACUGUGACGGUCGUCAACCGAUCCGAGAUUGUCGGCCGACCUUUGGCUGCUCUGCUGGCCAACGAUGGAGCCAUUGUCUACUCGUGCGACAUCACCGGCAUCCAGAAAUUCACUCGAGGCGAGGGUCUGUCUCUCAAGCGACACAACGUCGAGGACGUCAAGGAUAUGGAUAUUCAAAAGUGUGCUGCUGUCUCUGACGUCAUCAUCACCGGAGUUCCUUCCGCCAGCUACAAGUUCCCCACCGAGUGGGUUCGAUACGGAGCCGUGUGCAUCAACUUCUCCUCAGAGAAGAACUUUGACCCCUCCGUCAAGGAGCGGGCUGCCCUCUACGUGCCCUCUAUUGGCAAGGUGACCAUCUCCAUGUUGCUGCGAAACCUGCUGCGUCUGAUCAACAACAAGGUCAUCCGACAAGAGGAAAUCAAGGAGAAGGAGGCCAAGAAGGCCAAGGUUGAAGAAUAG